CAUCUACUGCAUGUUCGUUUUCUGGAGUGAUUGAAAGUUUUGUGCGAAGUUGUAAUUGAGGAUUCAUACAAAAUUAACAUGUAAUUAAUUGUAUUAACAUUCAUUGCAUAAAUACAUUCUUUAUUCAGAGCAAAACUGGGAACUUGUAUACGCUUUUGUUAAGUGUAGACCUCGUGCUUCCUUCUAAAAUUUGUGAAACGAGUAUCCCCAAAAAUUAUCUAAUUGUUUUCGGAUCUCCUCAUCCCCCCCCCCCACAAUCUAUGAUAAGGCACAAAUAAUUAUGACAAAGUCAAACACUUGUAAGGGUAAGGGCAUACUAUGUGUAAUAUGUAGAAUUCCAAAAACUUAUGCUCAGAAUGUUUCGUUUCUCCUAAUCAAAGUUUGUCUCCCUAUACCUCUCUUUACUAUUAAAAACUAAUGAAAAUUUAGGCUUUAAUUUGGCCUAAUUUCUUCAGAUGAAUAUUCAUUACUUACCGCUAAAGAUUUACCGCUUAAAGAUUUAAUGUUUGGAUAUGCAAAAAUUGAACUACUUGCGGUCAAUAAGGACGAAUCUACUUACUUCAGGGUUCGUUGAGGGAUGAAAAUUUAAGAAAGGUUUUAAAAGAAUAAAAGUUUUGUGACAAGAUUAAUAACUGAAAUUCUUGGAGAUGAAUCCCCUCACCUCUUGUCCGGACAUUUUCUCUUAUUUAGUACUCUCUCUGAGUCCGUUAUGAAUAUAUUGACACUUCUCAAUUAUUAAAAUGACAAUGAUCAAUCGUAAAAAUGUGAUAAAAAUCAGCAUGACUUUGGGAAUCAUCGGUGUCAUUACUGCUGUAUUCGUUCAUUUUUACGGACUACCAGCUCUCACGAAGUUUAUUGUGUUGAAAGCGACGCUGCUGACUGAGGGGACGACGCGAUGGGAGAAGUGGGUCACAAUUCCAUUUCCUCUCCAUUUCAAGGUGUACAUUUUCAAUGUCACGAACCCGGGCGAGGUGGAGCAGGGGGCCAAGCCGGUGCUCGCCGAAAUGGGGCCGUACGUCUACGAUCAGUAUCUGAAAAAACACAAUGUGACAGUCGAAGGAGAUACCAUAUCGUACAAUAUGGAGCGUAUACUGAAAUUCAACCAAGCUGAAUCUGGGCCGGAAAGGACUGAGGACGAUAUCAUCACAACGAUCAAUUUAGCUUUUUUGGGGACAGCUCUGCACUUGGAAAGCAAGAUGCCAAUGGCCCUGUCUAUCUUGAGCGACGCUGCGCCGAAGAUGUUCCCGGAGAACGAGGUACUAUUCCGAACAUCCACCGUCAAGCAGUUCUUGUUCGAGGGUGUCCCGAUAAACUGCUCCCUUUCGAAUGGACCUGCAGUUAUGAUUUGCAACGGACUCAAAGCCAUCAAACCGGCCACCAUUAGACUGGCAGAAAACUCAAGCGACAUGCUGUUCUCUUUUUUGCAUCAUAAAAAUGCAACCCUCUCCCGUCGUUACAAUGUGAGUAGCGGUUUAGAAAACUUCAAGAACAUUGGCCAAAUUCUCUCAUACGACGACAAGGACAGCAAUUCUGUUUGGCUCAGUGAAGAUUGUAACAAAAUUCACGGAACCGACACAAACAUCUUCCAUUCCCUUGUUUCCAGAGACGAACACUUAUUUGUUUAUGAUCCCGAUAUGUGCAGAACAAUGUUUAUCGAAUUUGAGCGGGACACAGAAGUUAAAUCUCUCCCCGCUUACAAAUUCGUUCUUCCAGUAGAAAAUGUAGCAGAUUUCAAGACAGUAGCAGAAAAUAAGUGUUACUGUUCGCAAGGCAAAGAUCCGCAAAAACCGAGGUGCUUCAAGAAAGGUGUAUUUAACCCAGCACCUUGCACAAAUCAGCCGACCGUUAUAUCGUUUCCUCAUUUUUACGGUGGUGACUGUGAAUAUAUCAGUUUCGUGGAAGGGUUGAGCCCUCAAAAAGAGCUUCAUGAGACAUUUGUCAAUAUUGAACCGGUUACGGGUAUUCCGUUGAAUGGAGCCAAACGAAUACAGUUUAACAUGCCAUUUGGACCAAUUACGAAAAUCUCUGCCCUGGGAAAUACAACGCGGGGGAUUUUUCCUGUGCUUUGGAUUGAUGACGGAGCCGAUCCGAACGACAUAGUACUAACGCCGCUGCAUGCGUUACAAUUCGCGUUGAACUGGUUCCGUUUGGUCAACUGGGCAUUGUUGGUGGUGAGCGUGGUCUGCGUCUUGCUCGUGCCGGCGGCGUUGGCGGUGGAGGAACGCGCCUGGUCCGGUCAACUGCGGCCCUUCGUCCGGCCCUUGGCGGCGCCCCCGAGCGGACGGCCCGACACCGGGGAAGCCCAGCCCCGGGCGCCGCCCCUCAAGUUCGCCGUCAACCGCGGCCGCCGCGACCCCUCCAUCGACGCCAUCUUCGGCGAACUCGUCACCGUUGACCCCGUCGCCUGGAGGACCGUCCGAUGAGCCGGGAAGAUCCACGGAGAUGUUGUCAGAUUUCUGACAGGAAAGGAAUUACUAGGAGGCUUCGCGGGCAUUCCCCAGAGGAGACCCUCUAAGGCCUGUUUCACGCGCCCCGAGUAAAUCUAAAUCAAGCUAGCUUUUUUAGAAACUAUCUCCUGUCGAUAGACGCACAAAUUAUGAAAAUAAGCACGGUAGAUCUUUUGAAUAAACCGUGGCAAAAAUGAACGUCUACGUUAUUAAAAUUUGAGGGUUCAAAACUUUAGUACGGUGUAAAUAUAAAAAAAACACUUGAGUUGUAGUUGUAAUUUCGAAGUUGGAAUAGAACAGGCUCAUAUAAGGACCUAUCGGUAGCCGUAAAAAUCAUGAAUGUUGGCCCAAUAGAAUGGUAGAACUAACUGUAGCGAAAAAUUAACAUUUGUAUUCUUUAAGUGAGAGAAUUCAGAAUUUUAUCGUGGUGCAUAAGAAGAACUUGGGUUAUAUGUAUUUCUAAAAUCGAAAACAAGCACAUACAAGGACUAUCGCCUGUCUAAAGCCGCAAAAAGCAUGACAAUAGGCCUUCUAGAACGGUAGAAUGAAAUGUGACAAGAAAUGAAAAACUAGGGGCCCACAAAGCUGAAAGCAAUGAUACGACUGGAGAUAGUAAAUUGAAACGAAGUAGUUAAAUUUAGGCAAAAUUGAGUGUUCAAAUGUAGAGGGUCUAUGUAAGGAGA